CAGUAAUGUUAACUUCCUCUCGAAACUCGCCCCAAAAUCAUAUUAUUUGUAAAAAAUAAUUAAAAAAAAAAAAGCUCGUAGAAAAUUAAUUUUGGCUAUAAUUCAUAAUUUAUUAUCCAAAUUGCAAAAGACUUUCAUUUGGUAAUUCGAAGACCGCCGGUUCUUGGUUGUUGCCGGCUUCGUCAACUGCCUCUUUCAACUCACUUUCCUUCGUAUUCAUCCCAUCCCAUCCCAUCCCAUCCACGCGCCGCCAUGAGUGACUCCUCUUCGUACCCUCCGAUCGACCCCACCACAUUCGACCUCAUCGUCGUCGGCACAGGUCUACCGGAAUCCGUGAUCGCUGCUGCAGCCUCUGCCGCCGGGAAAACCGUGCUCCACCUCGACCCGAACCCUUUCUAUGGCGGCCACUUCGCCUCUCUACCUCUCCACGACAUAUCGGAUUUCCUAAAUUCCGUUUCUACCCCUACUCAGCCAUCGACCACCACAACCACCACCAUCGACGGCAAUGAAUACACCGUGGUGGAUCUAAGCCGCCGGUCUCUCUAUUCCGAUAUCGAAAUAUCCUCCUAUGUCCCGGAACUCCUGGCCGAGAAUUCAAGGAAAUUCAACAUCGAUCUUGGCGGCCCUAAGGUUCUGUUUUGCGCGGACAACGCCAUCGAUCUUUUAGUGAAAUCGAAAGCGAGCCAGUAUUUAGAAUUCAAGGGCGUCGAUGCCAGCUUUGUUUGUAAUGAGAGUGGGAGGUUGUGGAACGUGCCGGACUCACGGUCGGCGAUAUUUAAGGACAAGAGCCUUAGUCUUACGGGGAAGAACCAGCUGAUGAGGUUCUUCAAGCUCGUUCAGCAACACUUGGAGGCUUCUGGGCACGAAGGUAGUGACAGUGGCAGUGACAGUGCAAGGAUUUCGGAUGAGGAUUUGGAGAGUCCAUUCGUGGAAUUCUUGCAGAAAAUUCGGUUGCCAACCAAGAUUAAAUCGAUAAUUCUUUAUGCUAUAGCCAUGGCAGAUCACGAUCAAGACAAUUUGGAGGUUUGCAAAGAUAUACUUAAAACUAAAGAUGGAAUAGAUCGUUUGGCUCUCUACCAUAAAUCAGUUGGCAGGUUUCCUAAUGCACCUGGGGCUUUGCUUUAUCCUAUUUAUGGCCAUGGGGAACUAUCACAAGCCUUUUGCCGCCGAGCUGCUGUUAAAGGUUGCAUCUAUGUUCUGCGAAUGCCAGUUAUUGCUUUGCUUAUAGACAAGGGCAAUGGGCAAUAUAAGGGUGUUAGAUUAGCUUCAGGUCAGGAUUUGUUAAGCCACCAGCUUGUCCUAGAUCCAGCCUUCUCUGUUCCAUUAGCAUCAUCUCCACCGGAUCUUCUCAGAGAAAGACUUAAAGGUUUAAGUCUUAAAAAUGUUAAAGGGAAGGUGGCUAGGGGGAUAUGUGUUACAAGUUGUUCCUUGAAGCCAGAUGUAUCAAAUUUUCUGGUGGUAUACCCUCCUCAAUCUUUGUACCCUAAGCAGAAUACAUCAAUUCGGGCUUUACAAAUUGGUGGGGGUCUGGCUGUUUGUCCAUCAGGCAUGUUUGUGUUAUACUUUUCUGCUUUAUGUGAUGACGGCAAACAAGGGAAAAAUCUACUGCGUGCAGCAAUAAAUGAUCUUCUCAAACUCUCUGGUCCUGAAAAAGCUGAAAGUGGUUCAGCUGCUGAAGAUGAAAAUGCUGAUGUAAAACCCACCUUACUUUGGAGUGCAUUGUAUAUUCAGGAGCUGACUACGGGCCAAUGUGAAUAUCUGAGCUCCACUCCCCUGCCAGAUGGAAAUCUGAGCUACAAUGAUCUAUUAGAUGAGACUGCAAAGCUUUUCGAUAAGAUGUAUCCACAUGAAGAAUUCUUCCCAGAGAUAACCUCGCCUGAGAGCCUUGAGGAUGAAGUUGGGCUUAGUCUCGAGGGCUAAUGAGAUAUGAUCAGCAGAAUCAAUGUAUAAUUCGUACUGGGGCUUCGUUUGCUGGGCCGAUCCACUUUAUUCGGCUAUUGGUGAAAAACGAAAAACUGAGGCCUUUUGUAUUUUUAUAUGAAAAAUAAUAUUUACUUUACGUUAAAUUAUUUAAAUUUAUUUAUUUUUUUA